AUGCCUCCUACAUCAAAGACAGCCAAUUCCAUAGCCAACUCUGGAGCUAACUGGGCAUUCGGAGGGGUACCAAUGGGAAACACCGGUAUCGGUGUCCCACGUCCAGGUCCAAUGAGUAGUUUUGCGCAAACUAUCGGAGCUUCCUCUCAACCGUCAACGCCAUUAGAUUUAUCAGAAUUUCCAUCUCUGUCCGAAAAUCAACCCCAUCAAAGUCAAUCUACAUCAACAGCGGCUGGAGCUCGUAAUAUCGGCCCUUCAACAAAUAUGCGGCUAACACAGCAAUCAUCUAUAUCUACACAACAACAUCUGGGUGCCCAAAUACCUUCACAGCAGCAACAGGAAGAUCUCUUUAAUUCAGCCCAAAUUCCAAGCAGUCAAGGUGUAUUUAGAUUUGGUAAUCCGAAUACAGCCAUCCAAAAUUCCCAGUCCAAUGGCGUAGAUGAAUUUCCACCCUUAAACCGGAACAUUAACGGGGAAAUUGGUCAAGGCCGUGGAUAUGGUCUGAUACAAAAUUCUGGCUUCUCUGCACCCUCGAAUGGGCUGAGCUUUAAUUCUACAAAUCCCACAUCUACACCGAGUUGCGGUCUCCUAAGCGCUAUAUCAAAUAGUGCACGAAAUUCCUCUGGAAGCAUAUCUGUAGAUCGUUUGGCUUCUUCUGUAAACCCCUCCAGUGUUUGGAAUUCCAGAUCGCCCACUGAUUCCAAUCGUACCGGAUUAAACACCGUCCCUGAGUGUGAACCGAGUGAUGCUCAGGCCCUCUCGAAUGCAAAGCUUGGCGACCAGGAAGUAACUUCUCUAACUACCGAUACUUUUCCAGAUCCUUCUACGAGCCAAAGAUCACAAAAUUUAGAUUCUAAUGGUCAGUGUAAUUCGGAAGAGACUGGUGACGGUCGAGAAGUUCACGACGUAAUGGCAGGCAUGAGUGAAAUUGACAAAUGGGGUUUGAAGGGAUUUUCAAUGAUGAUGAAUAACUAUCCGGCAUAUGCAGCACUUGUAACUGGCUCGGACCUGACAAGUCUACGGCUCGACCUCAGCUCUUCUGAAAAUAUUUCAAAUCAAGUAUACUCUCUAUGGGAAAACGAACCACCCCGUCUCGCAAUGCCACCAUACAAGCUACCUGAUUGUUACACAGUCACAAAUGUAGCACAAUUGGAAACAAAAAUGACCAAUUUCAAUGACGAAGCCCUAUUGUUUAUGUUCUACAGCAACCCAGGGGACCUUCAGCAGGUCAUGGCUGCUCAGGAACUACACAAUCGCAACUGGCGCUAUCACAAGAAAUUACAGCUUUGGCUAACUAAAGAUGAAAUGAUGGUUCCUCAGACCAUCGGAAAUGGUACGGAAAGAGGCUACUAUAUCUUUUUCGAUAUCAAAAACUGGCAAAGAGAGCGCAGGGAAUUCACUCUCAUAUAUGAAGAUUUAGAGAGUCUUCCUAACGCAAAUCCAAGAUUAGGCUAA